AUGCUUGGGAAGCUCGCGUUCUGCCUGUUCCUUGCAGCGGCAAAUGCUUGGACUCCCCAGUCAAGAAGAGCCGCCUACCACAACGGAGAGAAAUUAUCAGAACGAUGGCUUUUGGGUUCUGAAAAGAUCCGAGGUGUCAAUCUUGGCUCUCAAUUCAUCAUCGAGCGCUGGAUGGCUGAAGAGUCAUGGAAGAACAUGAACUGCGGCCCCUACAACGACGAAUGGACCUGCGUUGAGGGCAUCGGCCAGGCUGCAGCCGACAAGGCCUUCAAAAAACAUUGGGAAACGUGGACUACUGAGGAUGAUAUCAAGCAGAUUGCAAGCCUUGGUUUGAACGCUGUCCGUAUCCCGGUUGGGUUCUGGAUGUAUGAGGAUAUUGUUCAGAAGGGCGAGUAUUACCCACGGGGCGGUAUUUGGCAUCUUGAUCGUAUUGUUGGAUGGUGUAAAGAUCACGGUCUUUAUGUUAUCAUCGAUCUUCACGGUGCUCCGGGGUCGCAGUCUCCAAGUGAGCAGUUUACUGGCCAUGCCCUUGCGAACCCUGACUUCUACACGCCUGAGAACUAUGAGAGAGCCGCUAGAUUUCUUGAAUGGAUGACGAAGCGAAUUCACACCAACGGCAACUAUACCACGGUUGGUAUGCUUGAGGUGAUGAACGAGCCUGUGCGUUCUGGAAAGUGGCAGGCUGAGGCUACCGACAUGAGGAAGAAUUUCUACCCCAAGGCCUUCCACCGUAUCCAGGCUGUGGAGGGUUACCUGGACGGCAAAUCAUGGGGUGCGGGAGACCCUCGAGAAUACCUCCCUGAGAGCGACCUCCUCUUUUUCGACGCCCACCGUUAUCUUAGCUUCGAUAAUCGCAUUGCUGGUAAUAAGAAAGCAUACAUCGAAACAGCCUGCGACGACUACAUGGGCAAGAGCGUAUACGUCGGCGAGUGGUCUCUCUCCGUCAACAGCACUCUCAAGAACACCGACGAAUUCAAGGUCGAUGGACAAGAGACUUGGUAUAAACAUUAUUGGGCCGCGCAGGUAGAGUCGUUUGAAAAGUCGGAUGGAUGGUUCUUUUGGUCUUGGAAGUGUGAUGGCAAGGUUGAUUGGCGGUGGUGCUACAAGUCUGCUGUUGCUGCGGGUGUUAUUCCGAAGGAUGCUGGGACAGCUGCUAGUAUUAGCCCGUGCUCUAGAUAUUGA